AUGUCGUCAACAUCGACAACACUUCCUCCCCCACCGCCAGACCCAUCCGUGAGUCUGUCAUACCCAGCGCCACACGUGUUGCUCGUCACCAUCACGCGCGAACGACAGAUGAACAGCAUCCCCUACGCAGUCCACUGGUACCUGCACAGGGUGUUUGAGUGGUUCGACCGUGAACCGACACUCCGCGCCGCCGUCAUCACCGGGUCGGGCCCCAAGGCGUUCUGCGCCGGCCAGGACUUGAUCGAACUCGGCACCCGAGAUCCCAAGGAGAUCGAAGAAAAGCCGUACCUGUCGAUGCACCCUCCCAGUGGAUUCGCCGGUGUCUCGAGGCGCGUGGGAAAGAAACCCAUCAUCGCAGCCGUCAAUGGAUUUGCGUUGGGUGGAGGAUUUGAGAUUGUUUUGAAUUGCGACAUGACAGUAGCCUCACCAACCGCAACAUUCGGCCUCCCCGAAGCCCUCCGCGGCAUCUACGCCGGAGCUGGUGGCUUACCCCGACUCGUGCGCAACGUCGGACUGCCUCUGGCCAGCGAAAUCAGCAUGACAGGCCGCUUCCUCACGGCCAAGGAAGCGCUGCAAUUCAACUUGAUCAACCACGUUUCCUCGUCACAAUCCACCGUCGUCGACGAAGCCGUCAAGCUGGCCGAGAAGGUCGCCAACAUCUCCCCGGACGCCAUCAUCGUCACUCGCGCCGCCCUGCGUGAGACCUGGGAGACCGCCAGUGUCGAACGGGCGUAUCAGCUCGUUCAGGACAAGAUGGCUCGAGGCCUGCAUGAGGGCGAGAAUUCGAAGGAAGGCCUUGCGGCGUUCAGGGAGAAGAGGAAGCCAGUGUGGAAGGCCAGCAAGUUGUGA